AUGAUUCUUGGAAUUGCCUCAAGUUUCACUCUCAUCCUGCUUGUUGUCGUCGCUGGCCAUUUCCGCCCCUCGGGCGUGAAUUCCACCCUUCAUUUUUCAGAUGUUGUGGGUGCGGCAUCGACGCAUCAACUCAUCGGCACACACACAUUGCUGGUCCUAUCGUGA